UAGGAUAUGUAGUAAUAUUAACGUAACGAUCGUAAUAAUUAAUAAAUACAAUUUUAACUAUUUCAGAGUAUAAGAAGGAAGAAACGAAAUAUAAAAUACACGUAAAAAUAUAAAAUAUAUAAAAGAUUUAAACAAAAACAAAACAUGAACGAAAACAUACCAUUGUCAGUUAUCUGCUGUACGUUGGCCUGUACGGUCGAAUUGCAUUUUUCGUCGGUCGCUUAUCGCUAUUUCUAUAUUUAUUACCUAUAUGGCUAUAUUCCAGUGUAUAUCAUUCGUUUUUACGUACUUUAUAUUUAUUUUAUUCUUUCUCCGUCUAUUUAAGAUGCCCGUAUGCAAUAAAUGUUCCGUUAAUAUUACUAAAGCAUCCUCCAUAAAAUGCAUUGAUUGUGACUUAACAUGGCACGCAAAAUGCCAACAACUCACUAAAGAGGAUAUUGACUACUUAAAAGAAGCCAAUAACAUAUGGCGGUGCAGAAAAUGCGCUAGCGCCAAAAGAGCCUCUCUUAGACUCGAAAAUCCAACCAACUUAGAAAGUAACGAACUACUUGAGAUCAAAGAAAUUAUUUUACAACUCAGGGAUUGCUUUCAAAAUCACAAGGACGAUACAGCCAACAAUUUUGAAAUUCUGAAUAAUAAAUUCAACGCUAUUGAUAAAAUUAUCACAGAAAACCAAGCACUGAAGACACACAUAUCUAAAUUGGAAAAACAGAUUGAAUCCACAGAACGUCGCCAAAUCGCCAACGACAUUAUCAUUGAUGGUGUCCCCGAAAAUAAAAAUGAAAACUGCACAAUACUUAUUAAAAAUAUUGGUAAACAGCUAAACGUAAACAUAAAUGACUCUAUGAUUAAUGAUUGUCAUAGAGUUGGUUUUAACCAUAAUAAUACGCACCUUAGAAGAAUCCUAGUCAGCUUUAGUAACCACCAAGUUAAAGUUGAUUUUCUCAAAGCUCGACAAAUAUUUAGGAAUUUCUCUAGUAAAUUUAUUGACAUCCAACCGGAUAUACCCAUAUAUAUUAGAGAAAACGUAACAACCAAAGGAAAUAAAUUAUUCAAAGAAGCCAGAGACCUAAAAAAACAGCUAAACUUUCAAUUUGUAUGGACAAAAAACGCAAUAAUCUUCUUACGCAAAAACGAAACAGAUAAGAUAAUACGUGUCGACAGCGAGGACACAAUUCAAAACAUCAAAGGACAAUAUGAAGAUUUAAACUCCUAA